AUGACGUCUCAUUAUCCUAUGGAAAAAUCGCACUACGAGACGCUCGGUGUUUUGCCUUCAGCACUUCCGCGCGAAAUCAAGCACAGGUACAAAAAGCUGGCGCUGGCACACCACCCUGACAAAGGCGGCGAUGAAGCUCUGUUUAAGCAAAUCAAGGAUGCUGCCGAGUGUUUGUUGGACUCGAAGUCUCGCGCCGAGUAUGAUGAAUUUCUGAAAGCAGCACGCGCAGACUUGUUUGCCGAGCGCGAUCCCCCAGCAGACGCAGAGGAUGAGAAGAUCAGAAGCCAGUCCUCACGAGCGAGAAAGGACUCUGGGACGGGCCGCAACCACUGGUGGUACCACGACAUAUUUUCCAGCAUCGAAGAGAUAUAUCAAGAGUCUUUGAGGGAGGACUUCGAAUUCGGGGCGCGAAGAGCGAAGCCGAAGCCCUUUUCGCAGCCGCCUGGUGCGAAGCGCAGGCCUUCGGUAAGAAGCAGAUUUCGACGGCCCUCCCGUGAGAGUCUAUGGUUUGACAGGGGCCUGAACUGA